AUGGCGCAACUCGUCACCCUCCCCGAAGUCGAGCGCCUCAGCGCCUCGGUAAUCAGAAUUCUAGGCGGGAAUCCAGGAAAGGUAGCACCCACCAACCCAACCCAACCCCUGCAACUCUUGAUAGGAACCAACACAUACCUCAUUGGGCGUGGAGAGCAACGCAUCCUAAUAGAUACAGGCGAAGGAAAGCCCACGUGGGGAAAAUGUCUUGAAUCCGUGCUCUCCGAAGAGAAAGCCACAGUUUACCAGGCACUACUUACACAUUGGCACGGUGACCAUGUUAAGGGUGUGAGUGAUUUACUGCGGAUUUGUCCACAGGCACAGGUUUUUAAGAGUCAGAUUCAGCCUGAUGAACAUGAGGGACAGGGACAGAGGGAUAUUCUAGAUGGACAGGUUUUCAAGGUAGAUGGGGUGACGCUUGUAGCUAGUCAUACGCCUGGACAUACGGUUGAUCAUAUGGCUUUUGUGUUUGAGGAGGAGGAUGCGAUUUUUACGGGUGAUAAUGUCCUAGGCCAGGGAACAGCAGUUUUCGAAGAUCUCCCCAUUUACCUAUCCAGUCUUCACCGGAUGCGCGAUCGGGUGACAGGACGCGGAUACCCGGGCCAUGGGGCGGUGAUUGAGAAAGCCAGUGCGCGCAUCAGCGAGUACAUCCAGCACCGACAGCAGCGGGAAGAAGAGGUACUCCGGGUGUUACGGGAUGGAAGGUUAGAUGGGGAAGCAUCGCCCGAGCGUAAAGGAUGGACUCCGCUGGAACUGGUGAAGAAGAUUUAUCGGGAUGUACCUGAGUCGCUCCAUUUACCCGCAUCACAUGGGGUGCUGCAAGUGUUGAUGAAAUUGGAGGGGGAGGGGCAGACGGUCCAUGAGGAGGGGGGGAGUUGGAGAUUAAGCGGGGAGAAGUCGGCGUUGUAG